ACCAUUACCAAGCUAAGCUGAGCGCGCGCGCUAGGUCGCGUGAAUCAAAUACUAAUACUAAUAGAAAGGCAUAAUUAAUCAGAGACAGAGGAAGAUGGAAGACCCCGAGACAAAUGGAUCUAAUGAAGAGCCAGAGCAAGUACAGUUCCUGUACAAGGCAAUGUACCAAAGAGACCCACAAAAGAGAAGAGUCAAACCAGUCGAUCAUCAUCUCCUGCAGUUAGACUUUGGUCUGAGUGACAGUGACAGCGAUAGCGACUUUGAAGUGAAAGGAGAUCAUGAAAGUGAUUCUGGAGGAUCUCACGGGGAUGGAGGUGUUGGUAGUAGUGAUGAUGAUAAUGAUGAUGGUGAUGAGGAUGAGAGUGAUGAAGGGAGUGGAAGCAGCCUGGACAGAGUAUCAUCAGACAGUGAGACUGAGGCAAAGCUUACGGUUGAUCAAAUGAUUGCAAAGGCUAAGAGAUUUAAAGGCCACUCUCAGUCGCCAAACUCAUCUGGUGACAAAUUGAAAAUAGUAAUUUGCUGUGUGUGUCUCGGAGAGAACAGUGAAGACACAGAUGAGAUUGUAGAAUGUGACAUGUGUGGAGUCCCAGUCCAUGAAGGUUGUUAUGGUGAGAGCCAAAGUGACGCAGAUUCGACAUCCAGCAAUCAGACUUCUAGCUCCACAGAGCCGUGGUUCUGUGAUCCAUGUAAAGCUGGAGUCCUUAAUCCGACCUGUGAGUUAUGUCCUAAUCUUGGAGGUGCAUUCAAGGAAACAGAUGCUGGGAGGUGAGUUGCUCCAUUUAAUUUGCCCCUUUUGUGUCACAUGUACAGCUUAUUUUUUUGACCAAACAAAUUGUGAAAAAUAGAUUUUAUCACACUUAAAAUUGAUCUUAGAUGUUUAAGAAUCACAUAUUGGUAUCAUCUAAUGACAGUUCAAUAUAUUUAGAAGCUCAUUCUAAAAGAUGUUACACUUCAUUAUCUCUGCCCCCAGUAGCUUUGUACCCUUGACUCUUUCUAUGACAGUGUGUCAGGACAAUGACACGGAUGGAUUGGCUGUGCGCAAUACAUCUGUGCUUUGAAACCAGAAAUGAUUUGAUAUGAAUAUGCAAAAUAGUUUAACAUCUAUAAUACACUUGGGGCAGGGAAUUGAUUAUAUUUUAAUUGCUGAACAGUGAUAGGGUUUAUUGGCCAAACCUUGUUCCCACUAAUCACUAUUGUGUGAUCUCUUAUGAAUGCAACUAUUGAACUUUUGUAGCUGAUGGCGAAAAAUUGGGACUGUUCAAAAGUUUUUUAUGAUCCGAUACAAUCUGAAUCUGAUAUAGUCAAUGCAAUUACUCAACGAUUGUGACACGAUUUGUGACAGUGGGAAUUAUGUAUUUGAGCAAAAGUACUCUCCCCCACUGAACUCUGCUCUAAACGAAUAGCCUACAGUAUCGGAUUACUUUACUACAUCAGUCAAUGAGAUCAAGGGAAUGAGUGAAAUUAAGCAUCUAUUAUGUGAAGUCAAAUUUACACUUCUUUCCCACUCAGUAAAAAAAGGAAAUGAAUUUUUUUGAUUUGUUAUUAUGAUUUCACCCACCAUAUAGUGAUUACCGGAGCCUUAAAUAUUUCAGGUUGUCUGUUCAUCCUAUUUUCGUUUUUUUUAUGAUUAAAGAACUGAUUGACAGAUCAACUUAAAAAAUUUGCCAAGUAUGCAUAGUUGUAACGAAGAUGUGAAUAGUUUUUAGGGUAACAAUGUCAAAGAUCAUGAUUAUACUAAUACAUAUAGAUAAAUGCAAAUCGAACUUGGCUCAUGAAUUCAUGGGAACUGACAAUUGGAUGAGAUUCUGAAAACUUUUUUUUUAAUUUAAAGGUAAAUUGUGACAUUGGUUUAAUUCAAUUUUUUUAAAUAUAUUUCGCGCUUUGCUUUCCGCAAUAUUGAUAUACAAGUUCUGAUUCCUAACAAUGCCUGGAUUGGCCAGAAUGUACUGUUUUGUUUUUCCAAAAAAAUAAAAUAGAUGAGAAGUCCCGAAUUGUCUGCUUUAUUUGGAAGUAUGGUUAAAUCGAAGGAAGGAAAUAUGAAGAGCGCCACCUUGAGACCAAAUGAUUCGAUAACUUCCGAUCAGUGCAAGACAACACCGCCCAGAUUCGUGCCGUGUGCACAACAUUUACUUUGAAACGUACGAUCGACCUUGAUCACAUUGUCAACAAUACGGGGAAAGUCCCGCUUUGCUGCACGUUGACCGCGCAGACUGAAAUCAGGGUUGUUCUGUUCCUAUAUUUCCUUCGAUUUCGUAGAAAGCGUGUGUAAAUACGGAAGAUGCCUUGGACGUGCAGGCCCCUGUAAUGCACACUUUCAAAGAAUCAGAUACCGCGGACAUGUCAAAUCCUUGGUCAAACGUGCUUCGUGCAGUGACCAUCACGACAAUGACGUUAUGCAUGUUCAGCCCGGCUACCCCCACUUCUUUCAAAUUGCGGUGAUUUGGGUUUGUGUAUGUGUGUGUAUAUGAGAGAUUUUUUCCUUUCUCUCAUAUAUUUCGUUUCUCUCUUUAUUACUUCCUCAGUGUAUGGAAGGCUAGGCAAGCAGGACGGGAGGCGUGUAAGGAUGCUUGUGAAAGGGAAAGAAAAUGGCUAUUCGUAUUUCUUUCUUCCUUCCUUCCUUUCUUUUUUUUUCUUUCUUUCUUAUUUUCUUUCUUUCUUUCUUCCUGUUUAGUUACAUUUUAUUAUACACAACUUUUCCUUUUCUAAUUCCGUUCACUAAACUGUUAUCACGUUUUUUGAUUUGCUCAUUAUGAUUCAUAUCACGUGUUGUAUGAUGUCUUUAUUUAUGAUACUCUUGAAAAAAAGAAGGAAAAAUAAUAACUGUGCGUCCUAUAUAGACUACCUCUAUCAGUAAAUUACAGCCUCCACCUACAAUACCGCGUGCUCUGUUUUUUGUAAUAUAUAUAGCCUACUAUUCCGUUUCUUUUAUUUUGAGGCCAGCUAUAAUAAAGGUUACGAGUCAAUCAAUGACAUGUCAAGCUGCCUACGUGCUUGGGUCGAAGAACAUCACGAAUAUUGUUAUAUUUUGGGGAUUUCAUUUCAUCUUUCGUUCCAAUGGGGUGUAUGGCUUUACGAUUUAAAAAAUCUGCUCGCGGGCGAGCAUAAAUGUAAUUUUUUGAAAGUAUAUUCAUGAUUAUUAUUAUACCUCACCCUUUUUCUUUUUUCUGUCUUUAUUUUCUCCCCGGGGGGGGGGGGGGGGGCACUCGACCAAAAAAAGUGGUAGGGGUGUGCCGCUGGCGAGACUAAAAACGGGGUCUUGGAGCGGGCUUAUUGUAAAGAGGAGGGCCCUCGGAACGGGCUUUUGGAACUACAAAUGUUUGUGAAAAUGGGGGUCCUUGGAACGGAUCGCCAGCGUGUGAGUGCGAAUCAUUGGCGGCGGAAGCAAAAAAAAUUAGGGGAGGUCCACCUGAAAUUUUGGGAUGGACACAGGUAAAAUUUGACAAGCCCCCUCCCCCUCCCAAAAAAAAGGUUAUCAACCUAAAUUUUAGGAAAGUGGAUCACCCAAAUUGUUUGACAAGGAAAAUGAAAAAAAGGUCAUCAGCCUACAUUUUAGGGGGGGACCACAAACAUUUCAGGGGGGUCCACGUGAAUUUAGGGGGGGACGCACGAAACAAAAUUGACAAGC